AUGAUUUCCAGGCUGCACACGCUCGUGGGCGUCAGAAUCGUCAUGGCGCAGCUCGACGGACAGGGCAACGAGUGCUCGGAGGACGUCAAUCAGAGCUCCGUCACGGCGGCGAUGCUGAAGCAGAUGGAAACGACGCCGCUGGUGGGGACGGGAAGCGAGUUUAUCGAAAGUUUGAUGCGAAGCGAGGACGCGGACGUGCGACUGGCGGCGACGAGAGUCAUCGAGGUGCGACGAGAGUUUGGCGACGAAUUCGAUUGGGAUGAGAUGAAAAAGUCGUUGCUCGUCGAUUUGUCCCAAUAUCGAUUGGAGAUGUUGAGGACGCACGCGGCGAAGAGUUUCGAUGGAGGCGCUUGA